AAAAUCUUAUUCAGAGGGCUCAUGAGCAACCCAGAUAAAAGAGUCGAAAGUGACCCUACAUCCAAGUCUCCAAUUUCCAAAAUGUCAGCACUCCCCACACAACAGGAAACUCUGCAUGAAAAUCAGCUUACCCCAAGAACCUCACUGUCAGGUGAGGAAUCCAAGAGGGGAGUCAAGCGUCCACGGCAGGCAUCAAGCCAGGAAAAGCGAGGAGGCCCGUACCAGCCCACGGAGUGCUGCUUCAAGUUUACAACCCGUGUCUUUCCACUGUACCGGAUUAAAUCUUACUACAAGACUGGCAGUCAGUGUACCAGACCUGGAAUCAUCUUCAUCACCAAAAGAGACUAUUUGAUCUGUGCCAAUCCCAAUGACAACUGGGUCCAGAGCCACAUCAGGAACCUCCAGGAGCAGCAGUGACCAGGAUGUAGUGGAGGAGUACACAGCUGGAUCAAGACUAACCUCUCAGUUUCAGCAGCUCUUCGCCUCAGCAGCAUGCUGUUCUACUUUGAAUUAAAUAUCAUCAUGCCUUGA